AUGUCAACCCCGAACCGAGACCCUCCGGUGUACUCCCCACCCUCCACCAGCGCGUCAUCCAGAUCCAGUUUUGACACUCAAUCCCCAACUGGAAAUGCGAGAAAUCCUUCCCUACGCAUUCCAUCCAUGCCCAGUGCUGCCGCUCAGCACCGUCAGAGCUUCCAUGAACUACGAGGGCUCCCUCCGUCUCCUCGUUCUCAGAGACAACCUUCUCUCUCCCAAAUUGCCAUACAAGAUCUCAUAGACAAUCCUCCAAUGAAUCACCCUGAUCCAAAGUUUGCGGGCCGGGAAUGGCAGACUGUCAAAGUCAGCGAGUUGGCCAAUCCUGACGACCUCAAGUUUGUCGACAUUGAUACAGGUGUUGAGGCUGCCACAAAGCUGCUGAUCGAAUCUGGUGCUCCCGUCGUCCUAAUUCGCGAGAAGGAGGGGUCCCCAGUCAUUGGAACAUUUGACGCCAGAGAUCUAAAUGCCUACUUAUUACUCGUGGUGGGACUGUCAAAACCCGAUGAUGAGCAUGCUGAGGAUUUCAUUCAGCUAGCGAGAAGAGCACGAGAAGGAAAACCCAUACCACUCCGAGAGAUCCAAGACCUGAGCAAGAAAGAGCCUCUGACAUUUCUCGACGAAGAUGCCGACUUGAUCAAGGCCAUUGAGACCUUUGGAAGAGGUGUCCACCGGGCCGUGGUCAGGAACCAAGAGACAGGCACUGUCACUGGCGUUCUCAGUCAGAGCCGUUUGAUCAGGUUCCUAUGGGAUAAUGGCCGAAGCUUCCCGGUCCUUGAGCAGCUCUACUCCCAACACUUGCGUGAUCUUAAGAUUGGUUCCAACGAUGUUGUCUCCAUCAAUGGUGACCGACCGUUAGCAGAAGCGCUCACACUCCUCUUGAACGAGGGAAUAUCCUCCCUCGCUGUGGUAGAUCAUAACCACAAUGUUGUCGGGAACAUCUCAAACGUCGACGUCAAAUUACUCACCAAAUCCUCCUCCCUUCCUCUACUUCGGAACACCUGCAUCCACUUCAUCACGGUCAUUCUAUCUACCAGGGGCAUGAUUGAAGGAAAAGAUUCCUUUCCUGUCUUUCAUGUCACCCCACUCUCCACCCUUGCACACACCGUUGCCAAACUCGUGGCGACAAAGUCACAUCGUAUGUGGCUUACCGAACCAGUGUCACCUAGCUCGUCUGGCCCACCUACGCCCUCUCUUCAUACAGCCACAAUGGUGCCAACCUCAAGCCACUCUUCCUCCUUCUCGUCCCCCAGUGGCCAGCACCACAUGACUCCGCCUCUAGCUGCAUCAGCCCCUUCGGCACCAGACCCAUUCGCCUCCACCAUCGCCGACCAUUCACCCAAGACUCCGUUCAUCACACCUACGGGUCCAUCAAUAUCCGCAUCUGCCAUACCUGGUGCUCGGAUAUCUGGCCGUCUUGUGGGUGUUGUGAGUUUGACCGACAUUUUGAUCCUUUUUGCACGUGCUGGAGGCCUCGAUGUUGCGAAUCCAAUCGACAUCCGCAAUCGACGGAGGCGAAGCAGCUCGAGCAGUGUCCGCAAGAGCUUUGAUCUAGGUACUAGACCGCAGGGCAACGCACUCAGACCGAGUGGAGAAUUGGCACGAAAGAGUAGCCAGGCAGGGAGCUUGAAUGGUUAG